UUGCGCAUUGCGACGGCUUUCACGGACAUAGUGCGGCACCAAACAACUGUUCGGAGAGUCGCAGAGACGUAGCCCGGCGUGGUUCACGCAUAGAUGAACGUGGGGUAGUCGGGUUGAUUAGAAACGUCACGGUCCUGCGAGAAUCCUACCAUGGAGCAGGAACGACCACUACAGCGUGCCCCGCCGCCCGCAUACACGCAACACGAGCCCGAAUCGCUUCACCUCCCUUCUGUUCCGACGCAUAUUCCAAGCCAUGUGCCGGAUCAUGGGAGGCUGCCCGGCAUCAAGUCGCUAGACCUGCCGGACACAAAAGCGCGUCAUACUCCACACAACUCAAUAGAAUACAGCCCGCGAUCGCAGUACGAUAGAUCGCAAUGGGGCAUGCUGCCAGUCCCGAACAAUGCGACAUUUCAACGAGCGCCUGAGGGUCUACCACGUGAAGACAUCGGAAGUCCGAUGGAUACGGCGAGCGUACGCAGCACGCAGGAUGACAACGCGGGUAGACGGGAAACGAGUGUCAGUAUGGAUGAUCCGGAUGUCAGGCUGGCAGCAGAGGCGUUGAGCGGAUUGGGGAACCCGGACUUCGUUCGCUCGCCGACGGCACGAUCCCUCACGCUUUCUGCCCGAGAAUCCACAACAGAACCCCCGGAACCACUCCUCUCUCUGAUUACGUCGAACCACCCGUGGCUUGGAAAUGGUAUCAAUGGCUCCAUCUCAGCCUACAACACGACCAAGGGCUAUACACCACGUCUGGUCCAAUACGGUGCUGAGCUCAUUGAGCGCAACAUUGGAUCGCCCAUGGUCAACACUGUAUCAUCUGUGGGUAGGCGGACAGGCAUGGAGAAAAGCCUGCGCCGAUAUCUAGGAGACAGACGACCCAGCGACCUCGAGCAGGGAGAUGGCGAGAGUUCAAGAAGCAAGAGACAAAGGAUUGCGAGCCCAGCAGACGAUGCCAUGGACGUGGAUGAUGCUCUUGCAGCAGCGUCACGGACAAGAGGCGGUUCACAGUCCUCAUACACCGAGUCGCUUCCUGCCUACGAUGAUCAGCGCUCUCCAAAUUACGAGGAAGCGGUCAUCUCUGGAGAGAUAACGUCGCACAAGUCGCCAGAACAGCGCUCAAACACUCCGCAGGAUCGUCGCGUCAACUGGUCUACACAGCUCAUCAUGACAACCUCCGGUCUCGGUGUAGCUCUAUCAGAAACAUCAUUGCGAUCGUUGAAGCUGUGCCUUGGUCUUCUUCGCGGCGCAACAACACACAUCGAUUCCGUCAUGCGCGCGCUGAAGCUCGUCCUCGAAGAAUACGAAGCUGCCCUCCGCAACCAAAGGCAGUCGGGCGGCUUCGCUACCCAGGAUGAAAAGAACCAACUCAACGGCACCAUGGCGCAAAUGGGACUCGUCGACACGGACAAAGACGAUCAGGUCCGCCAAAUUGCUGACCGCAUCAAGGUCCUCUCAUCGGAUAUCUGGCAAACUCUCCAAUCCGUCGUGCAGUCCGUGUCCCGCUACACCGGUGGUGCGCUCCCGCAGAACGCACAGACGGUCGUUCGAACGCAACUGCUCUCCGUACCCCAGCGAUGGCAGCUCGCUGGCCGCAACGCGAACAACGAACACGCGGGCGGUGAUGAGGUCAGAGGCGCGAACCGCAUGCUGGCGUUUGCGAAAGAGGGACUGGACAUGAUGGGCCAGAUCACUACUGUCGUUGACGGCACGGUACAAAGCGCCGAGAGCUGGCUCGCGCGCAUUGGACGGAGGCCACAGGGCGAGUCGAGCAGCAGCGGUCAGGGACAAGAGCAGAGAGAGAAGACACCGCUUGCGCUUGAGGCGGGUGUGCCGACGGGUGAGAAGAGGUAGGUAGAGGAUGGCUUGUGCAUCUCUCUAGAGGGGUAUGGCAUGAUACAGAGUGAAAGCAAGAAAAGACAAAGGCACAUGAAAUGGAAUGGGAGAGAAGAAGAACUACUUUGGCACUACGACCACUACUACUACAACAACAACAACAACAACAUACCCAAACAUAAUUUCCUAUGUCGGUUUCUCUUUCUUUGGAAAACGUAUAGCAAGGCGUCAUGAUGGAAGAGAAAUGGGGUUGGUGUGUGUGAGGGCUUCGAUCGUUUGUUCGCAAUGUCCACGACGUCUUCUUCAUUUUGAGCGAAAAC